GGCCGGAGGCUGAGGGAAGAAGAGGGGAGCGCUAAGACCCAGGAGUGGUGAAGGGCCGCAGCCUCGAGCUGGAGGAGGAGGAGGAGGAGGAGGAGAAACAGACGCGGGGUGGGAGCCGUCUGGUACCUUGGUCAGCUGCACAACAUCAUCGGCCCUAAGGACGGAAAUGGCCAGCCAGUCCCAGGGCAUCCAGCAGCUCUUGCAAGCUGAGAAGCGGGCAGCGGAGAAGGUGGCAGAUGCCAGGAAGAGGAAGGCCCGGAGGCUGAAGCAGGCAAAGGAGGAGGCGCAGAUGGAAGUGGAGCAGUACCGCCGAGAGCGGGAGCAGGAGUUCCAGAGCAAGCAGCAGGCCGCCAUGGGCUCCCAGGGGAACUUGUCAGCGGAAGUGGAGCAGGCUACGUGGCGCCAGGUACAGGGCAUGCAGAGCUCCCAGCAGAGGAACCGGGAGCGCGUCCUGGCCCAGCUUCUUGGCAUGGUCUGCGAUGUAAGGCCCCAGCUGCACCCCAACUACCGGAUCACUGCCUAGGAUCCAGUACAGUGUCUGACUCCUCAUGCAAGUUUGCUCCCUUAAAGAAGUCUCCCUAGGGCUGGGGAUUUAGCUCAGUGGUUUUGCCACCUGCUGUGCAAGCGCAAGGACCGGAGUUUGAUCCCCGGUACCAAAAAAAAAAAAAAAGAAGUCUCCCAAACCUAUAUGACUUCCCUUGCCUGGCACGUACAAGGCCCUGCGUUCAGUUCUCAGUCCUGAAAAAUUCAUUUCCCAGCGUAAUCUUUCUCUCGUUUCCAUUCUGUAGAAAUGCUAGGAAGCAGGAUCUAAUAGGCCCCUGUGAAAUUUAUAAAUAGCCUGGUCACACUUGGAUCUCUUUGUUCUUUAACCCUUACUGGGCCAAGUUACCCACACCUAACACUUCUGUAAACUUGUAGCAUGGAGAAGUGGGGAUGUGGAAAGGUCCUGACUUCAGAGUCUGGAAGAUUCAGGUUUCUUUCCUAACCCUGCCACUCGCUGGCUGAGCAACUAGGGCAAGCUACCCAACUGGGAGCCUCAGUGUUCUCCGUUGUGAAACUGGAACAAUGCCCACCUGGUGAGGCUGUGCAGUGGUUGGGAAUUGUUCUGUAAGGAGCUUAUCGUGGUUCCUGGGAGUAGUUGGGAUUCAAGCAAUGGGAAGCCCAGAUAUCAUUACCACCCUCUGCCCACCUGCCAAAACCUAAUUACUGGUGUUUCCUGAUUUUUCUCAGAGGUGCUCCAGUUUUGUUCACUGUGUGACCCCAGUAUUUCUCAGAAGAGUUCGUUCUUCCCACCUCUUUUGCCCAGAGACCUUAUGACCCCUGGAAAGAUGAAAUGAUGACCGCAUGUGGUCCCUUUAUUCCGGUUCCAGGCAGAUAUUGCACCUCUUACCUUCUCUUUUUCUCUCUUAAGCGGGCCUUUAUUGGGUUUCCUUAUUUUCUAUCUCCCCUGAAAACCAUCAGCUGUUCACUGGUCUCUGAAUCUGAAGUGAUGCUGUGUCCCCCAUGCGCAUGGCCUUCCUUUCUGUAUUCUCAACACAUUGCUUUCCCUGUGUAACAAUAAAGAGCUGUCAAUAAAAUAAUUGAGCAAAUCAA